AUGACCGAACCUCCUCAAAUUCUCAGAAUCAAGAGAAAGCGUGGCCAAGAUCCACUUCAGGCUCUUAUAUUGGCUGAUCGCCAGCCUGCAGCAAAAAGAUCCAAGCCCUCCUCCCCUGUGUCCUCACAAGCAACCACACCUAAGCCUGAACCUCCCAAGAACUGGUACUUUCAAUUGGCAAGGACAGACAAUGUCAAUCAGGGUGACCACGAUAUUCUAGGAUCGGUACUUUCAGAAGCAGCUGUUAAAGGUGAAGAUCGUCAAUUUGUCAUUCCGAAGCAGCAGACUGAGGAAGAUGCGGUCAUCCCCCAUGAGUUAGCAGACAUGGUGGAUACAUUCCUCAAUGUGGACACGGAAGUAUCUGAAAGGAAAAAGAGAAGAGGUGGAAAACCCACCUCUCAGUCCGAUAUUGAGUCCACUAAGAAGGAAACCGACGAAGACUUUGCCAACGACUAUGUGUUUGAUGUCUACAAACUAUCGAAUACGGAACCAAUAACCAACGCAAAUUUCCCUCAAUCACAAAUUGGUUACAUCAAGUUUUUCGAUGACCAUGAAUAUGACCUCAUGCUAUCGGAUGAUGAGAAGAAAUCAGAUGGCGCGGUCUUCUCUGACGACGAAGAUUCAAACGCAGAAUCUUUCUAUCAAAAUGACUAUCCGGAGGACGAAGACGCGGGGGCGCUUAGUGAGACUUACGAUGAAGAGGACGAGAAUGAAGAGAUUGGACCGGUAAUUCUAGAAUCUGCAGAGGCGGCUGAAGGUCAUGCCUACCUCAAUGGUGACUUCCAACAGGAAGGUCAAUAUGAUGAGUUGUACGAGGAAUUCUUUGAUGAAAACGGAGAGCAGAGUGUCAAUUUUCUAGAAGAUGACUAUUACCAGAACGACGAGACCUUUGAAAGACAGAAAUUUUUCAAUGACGAAGAAGAAGACGAUUUAGCAUUACACAGGGACAGGAUCUUUGGGAAACUACAACGAAUGAUUGACGAGCGUGAAACCUCCUAA